AUGACAACGGCCGCGAAUGACGACGAUGAAUAUCUAGCAUGCGACGUGAUACACCACGAGAGGCCGAUCGAGAUGGCGUCGGCGGCAGCAGAAUUGGUAGCGGAGAGAGAACCGGAGUUGAGGAUCGAGAUGACGGAUUUAAAUAGGACAUUCGGUGGUGCCCAGGGUCUGGUCAGAAUGGCUCUAGAUCAGUACACAGAAAUUCUCACAACAGUUUCUGAUCCACGUGUUAGCGACUGGCCAUUAAUGGACUCGCCUGUACCGACAAUCCUUAUAGUACUCCUUUAUUUGUACGGCGUUGUUAUAUUCGGCCCGCGUAUGAUGGCCAACAGAAAGCCAUAUAAACUCAGAGGAGUCCUGGUGGCAUACAACGCGUUUCAAGUCGUCUUCUCGCUAGGAAUGAUGUACGAGCACUUAAUGUCCGGAUGGCUGUUGGACUACAGCUAUAAAUGUCAACCGGUCGAUUACUCCCACAAUCCAUCUGCUCUGAGGAUGGCGAACCUAUGUUGGUGGUACUUCAUUAGCAAGUUCACGGAAUUCGCUGAUACGGUAUUCUUUGUGCUGCGCAAGAAGGACAGUCAAGUGACAUUCCUGCAUUUGUAUCACCAUUCUUUAACACCCCUCGAGACGUGGAUCUGCGUGAAAUUUAUUGCGGGUGGUCAUGGCACUCUGGGUAAUCUCAUAAACAACGCGGUGCACGUAGUCAUGUACGCAUAUUACAUGUUAGCGGCCAUGGGCCCGGAAUUUCAAAAGUACUUAUGGUGGAAAAAGCACCUAACUACUGUACAAUUGGUGCAGUUCUUCCUGGUGUUUGUGCAUAGUGCACAGGCCCUCAUCUUCGAUUGCGGCUAUCCCAAACUGAUUGCGGCCCUCCUUCUACUUCACGCGGCGAUCUUCUUCGUGCUCUUCUCGGACUUUUACAGGUCCGCUUACCGCAAAGGAAAGUCCGCAAAAGAACUCAAGGCUGAAUAGAAUACACGAGGGAACAUACGAAAGGGAAAAUCUUCGUUCCGAUGAACGAAACACGCAAUACACACGUACACACAUGUCGCGUCGAAAUGUGGCUCCUUUCUACAUUAGUG